AUGAAGUACUCAACACUAUUAUUUCUUUCUCUCAUUAUUCCAAUUUUCUACUGCUGCCCAGAAACGACCACGUGGCUGGUUUUUGAGAAUAUCGUGGAAUCUGCAACAUUCCCUGCAAUCGACUAUCAGAAUGACACGUUUUGUAUUAUUCCAACUGACGCCAACAAUAUGGAGUGGAUUUACACACGUCCAAUGCUGGCAAAUUUAAAUGCCACGUCAAAUCUUGCCGAAUGGAAUUAUUAUAGCUUUAGACUAGAAAACUCAACAACUUGUUCAUUCACCGAUAGUACUGUACAGGGUUGCUUGUCUCAUUGUGCUGAUCCAAAUCUAGAGAGAUUACUAAUUCAAUCUGCGAUGGCUAGCUACAAAACGGCUGAUAUCAUCCAGCAGAUGUACAUUGAUCCUCCAGAAAGCCAGAUAUCCAAAAAAUACAAAAGAGCCAUUGACGACACAUUGAGCAAAAGCAAUCCAGAAGGGGAUCAUAUUGUUCACGAUUAG